AAUUGUGUGUCUCUGUCAGUCUUGUGCUUGUGUCAGACAGAAGUCAAGUCUGAGUUUUCGUGUCGCUAAAUUAAUGAGUGGACAAAAUAAAAAAUGAAAUAAAUUCGUAUAUAAAUGAUAGUUUGGAGCAAUUUCUAAACAAAAAGUGUGUUGGCUUUGUCCAUUUAAUUUUGAUUUGAGUGUAUAAUUUCAUUUAUACAAAUUGUUUUACGUUUGAAUUUGAGUAAAGUUUAUAUCAAAAAUGAAUCACGAAGAGAAUAAAAUUAUGGCUCACCGGCAGCAUGUGAAAUAUUUUAUGAGAUUUCUUAACAUUUUACCAUCGUCGUUGUCAUCUCAUGAUACUACCAGAGUAACAAUUGCAUAUUUUUCUGUUUCUGGAUUGGAUGUUCUUGGUGCAAUAUCGUCAGUUUCUUUGGACUUAAGGACAAGAAUAAUAGAAUGGAUUUAUAGACUUCAAGUGCAUCCCGAUAAAAAUAAUGGUGAUAUGUCGAUGUGCGGUUUCCAAGGGUCCUCAACAAUAAAUAUAGAUUUGGAUCCCCCCAACAAUCACUAUCGUUGCGGGCAUCUAGCAAUGACGUAUACCGGUCUUUGUAUCCUGCUCGCAAUGGGUGAUGACCUCUCUAGAGUCAAUAGGAAAGCUUUAGUCGCUGGUGUGAAAGCUCUACAAACGGAGGAGGGUAACUUCGCAGCCACGCUGUCGGGCUGCGAGUCCGAUAUGCGCUUCGUGUAUUGCGCAGCGUGUGUCAGCUACAUACUUAACGACUGGUCCGGAUUCAACAUUGAGAAGGCUACGGAUUAUAUCAUUAAAUCUAUAGGUUACGACUACGGCAUCGCUCAAUGUCCUGAGUUAGAAUCGCACGGCGGUACGACCUUCUGCGCCUUAGCCACACUGAGCCUCACGAACCAACUACACAAGCUAUCAGAACAGCAAGUGGAAGGCCUCAAGCGGUGGCUCCUCUUCAGGCAAGUCGACGGCUUCCAAGGCAGGCCUAACAAGCCAGUCGACACCUGCUACAGUUUCUGGGUAGGAGCCUCCCUGAAAAUACUAGACAUGCUACAAUACUCUAACUAUGGAGCCAAUAGGAGGUACGUCUAUGAGACCCAAGACACGGUAGUAGGAGGAUUCUCCAAAUGGCCAGAUACGUGCACAGACCCCAUGCAUACAUAUCUAGGCUUAGCUGGCCUCAGUUUAAUAGGCGAAAGCGGACUACUGGAGAUAGAACCAACUUUAAACAUAACAAAAAGGGCGUAUGAGCAUCUCAAGUCUUUACACGCGAAGUGGGACAAUGAAGAUCUCCAUGUUUUAUGAAUACCUCUCACAUGGUCGUGUGAAACUGUUCGUAAUUGUGAAUGACUUUAUUAAUGUUUACUUUACUUGGCGUUGUUCGUGAGGUCGGGCUCCACUGCACAAAUAAAGGACCAAGUUUAAUUGUUAAUUAGAACGAACAAAUUUUUAAUGUAACGCGUACAAUUUGCGCUUGUAAAUUCACAAUUAUAGCAGUUUCCUACCAACCUCGUUUGACCUAAGAUUUCUAUGAAUUUUAAGUUACCUACCGAAAUUGUCGUAAUUUAUAUAGAUAAGUUUAUAAAAACGUUCUUUAUGCUAAAGUAUUAUUACUGUUGCAUAAUUCUUUUGUAUAAUAUUGAAUUUUUUAGUACUUAAAGUAAUGUUUAUGAAUAAAUAGGUGCUAAUACUUUAUACCUAGGUAUAGGGUACCUAACGGUGUCAUUGGACAACGAGUAAAUGUUUAGCAGUAAAUAGUACAAUAUGAGAAUUUCUCGCGACGUGCCAUGAGCAGUUGAGUAGUUAGGCAUUUAUCAAAUUAUUGCACAAAAUGUAAUUUUAAGCUGUUUCUAAUAAUAGUCGAUAGAGGGCGCAGUCAUAGAUGUUUUUACGAGAUUCAAAUAGACAUAGACGUUUUAACACAGUCAAUUUAAAUACAUGGAAAUAUCAAGUUAAUAAUAGUAUAUGGUUCGUUAACAGUAGGUAGCAUGUUUAAAAGUUUAUAGGGCUAUACACAAAAAUAACAUGUCUCAUCAAAGACAUUAAAAAUAUCAACAUUUUUAGGAAAAAAAGUAUUAUUAAUAUAGAGUCUUGAUUUCUGAAAAACAUUCAAAUUAAUUAGAUUUGAUGCUGACGUUCAUAUUCAAAUUAUUUUACUGAUUAAAUUGUGAAGGUACAGUUUUAAGCAUUAGAUAACCCAAAAUUAUAAUUGUAAUGCCAUUAGAAUGAAUUACAUAACGUACCAAUGAAAGUGGAACUAAUUAUGUAAAAUUAAAACGCUGACCAUUGCUUUAUACUGUUUAUAGAGUCGUCAAUUAAUUCAAUUCGGUUCUUACGUCAUUCAUUAUUCAGUUACUGCAUACAAUAUAAUUAUUAUUAUUUCAGACUGCCUCGUUGAGACAGUAGUUUCUUUUUAUAUUUAAUACCGUUUGGGCACUAUCUCGCCUGGUAAGCGAUGAUGUGGCUGAAGAUGGAGCACGCCUACCUAUGAGCAACCUGUUCACUCGGGACUUGAAGACACCCAAGUUGUAUUUUUCAAGAAACACAGGUUUCGUCAAGUCAAGCUGUAUUUUUCAAAAAACCUGUGUUACUCCGGCAAGGAGUUCCAUUCCUUAGCGGUUCGCACAAGGAAACUCGAAGCAAAACGCUUCGUGCGAAUUGGUGGAAUAUCAACCAUAUACGGGUGGCGCCUUGCCGUUUGUCUGGUAGUACGAUGGUGAAACAGACUGGGGGAAUUAGGUUGUGCAACUCCCAUGUCUAUUCUCAUAGUUGGGUUUGUUUCUUAGUAUAUAAUGACUCUAUGUAUAACAAAAUUAUUACAUUUCACUUAGAACUUAUUAUUUAUUCAUAAUUCGAUUUAUUUUUAACAGCUGACCAAUUUUAGUUUCACUUUCAAUCGGUAUUUUGAUUGCGCCGAAGCCUACAAAACUGAGUUUUUAUUUAUAGUACUUUUAUUUUUAUACGUUCAAAUAGGAAAUAAUGGUUUAGAAUAUUAAUAUUCUACGGAGGUCGAAUGUUUCACAGUUUCAUGAUUAGUUUCAAUCGGAGAGCGCUGAUCAUGAAGCAAGUACAAAGAGGAGAUGCCAUAAUGUGAUUGUGCACUGUGACAAAAAAAACGGCACUGCACAAUUUAUAUUUAAGUAAAAAGGUGAUACGCGCUCAGAAAGUGGCACAUUAAAAUGUGGACAAGUGGCAACGUUUUUGUAGUAUGAGACCGCUAAAUGGAAAAUAGAGAGGGGCGUGGUUUGUAACGUCACGCGCUCCCCGUAAAGUGUCACGUAUUAUGUUAAAGGAAAUCCAGUUAUGACAUCUUCUCUUUGUAUUUGCUUCAUAGCCCUAAUGCCCGGUCUCUAUCAAAUGUGUAGUCUCUUAGUCUGCUCUUAACAUACCCGCAGGAAGAGUAGAGAUGGUGAUAAAGUCUGUCUUGAUCCAGCAGCUUUAUUUUUUCACCCAUUUUUUUUUGGAGGAUAAUAAAGUUGAAUUCGCUAGUGUGGUCUAAGCCUAGUUUUUAAUGAAGGCGCAAGUACGAGAUAGUAUGCAUCGAAAUCUUUUGGAAGCUCGCAGUCACUCCGUUAGUUCAUAAAAGUGCUAGAAUAAUAAUAAUAUUAUAAUUUAUUCAAACUGCAGAUAGACAAUUACCUAUGACUUUUAAAUAUCUUGUGUUUGGUCCCAAAGCAAACUAUUCAUAAGGCCAAUGAACCCAACUUUAUGUCAAAUAGAUAGAGAAUGUUUUGAAUGUUAAAUCUACUGCCAUUCUUUGCAUAUUUAUUCACUGAUGUCUGAAGUCCAUGCUAAUAUUUAUCUUUAAGCAUCAAAGUCACAUUUAAUUUCGUGGUGUAAUUUCUAAAGCAUUUAUUUCAUGCAUUUUUAUGUUUUGGAAAACUUUCACAAUUCUAUAAACGUUUGCAUUUUUUGGUCAAGGAUGUUCUGGACCCUUAGUAUGAGUUUGCUUUACGCUUUACGAGAGAGAAUUCGGCGCUCUGAUUGGACGACUCGAAUAAACCAACCAAUCACAGCGCCGAACGCGCCUUGGUUUCGAUUGCUAUAAACGUAAAGCAAACUCGUACUAAGGGUACAGAGUGUUGAGACACAAUUUAUUAUCAAAAGCAUAAUCCAUAAUUGUCCAUUUUCUCUAUGAAUCAUAAUAAACUGAGUUCUAAGGUUUUUGUGUUACUAGAGACGUUAAGAUUUUGAAAUCAGUUAAACAUUUACUAAUAUCAUGUCAGUCAACUUUAGACUGUUCGAUGGUUGAGACCUUACUGCCAUACUCAGAGAUAUUUAAUGAUUACAUAAAUGAUUUCUUAGUAACGAUUUUGUAGGACUAGUUUAAGUCUGACUGCCAAUAGAAAACUGUUGUUGGCGUUCAAUGUGUUAAGUAACCAUUAAAUGACUCUGGGUACGGCGGUAAGGGACUUAAAGUCUCACUAGCGCCAAAAGGUGAGAACUAAAUCUUAAUAUCAUUGGUGUGCUUGUUUGACGUUUGGUCAACCCUAUAACCUUAGUUUUUUUACAAGGCAAGCAUGAGUUACUGAUCAGUAUAGAAUACUGAUCAACAUUUUAAGAAGCGCUUACUGAUUUUUUUAUAAUGAAAUUAUUUAUAUUUUUACAUAAUGAAAUCUAUCAGUUCCUGCGUUAGCAAAAUGUGUCUUACUACGUUGUGUUAUGGCUUGAAUUGUUUUGUAAUUUGUGUGUUGCUUUUUUAUUGGCAAACCUUUACUAGUUAUACAGGGUGCGGUAGAAUGAAAUAUUAGAUUAAUACCUAGACGGAUUGCUUUAAUCGUUUCUUUGUUAUUAUCAAAAUAAAUAAAUACAUAAAGUUUUUAUCUAUUUCUCAUUAAGUUUAUACAUUUGGAUAUUAAAAUUAUUCCUUAAAGUCAAACUUCUUGUUAGCAUUGCGUUCCGCAUAUUAAUUAAAUGCAUAUAAUUAUCUUGUUAACGGUUAAGGGAAAGAGAAGUUAUUGUGAAUUGAAAAAGUUACUAUAGUCUGCUCCAAAAUACUACGAACCUGUUUUAGUAUCCAAUGAGGAAAAUUCAAGCAAUAAAUUAAUUAAGUAGGUAUGUGUUUUUGUUAUAAAAAAUCUCAGUGAUUGUGAUCUUGUUCUUAAAGCAACGUAUGCAUAAAUAGCUAAGGAAAAAAUAAUCUUAUCGUGAUUAGAAUAAGUUUUAUAAUCGAAUGUUUUACAUAAACUACGUAAUUAUUUGAAAUUCGAACAAAUAUUGCCAAGUUUGGCGCCAAGUAAUGAGUUCACAAACAUUUCGAGACCAACGCGAAUUAAAUAUUUGUUAUUUAUUUUUUAAUUUAUUAGUAAAGGUUUGUCAUAUUAAAUAAAAAAAUAACGAUGUUAUUUUAUGAUUUGUGUUUAAAAAAUUAUGCGUAAAUUAUUAUGUAAAGUUUUAGUAUUAGUUUUAUUAGAAAAAAGUAAUUUGAACAUGUAAUUAUGUCUAUUUUGAGCAUUUAUUUCGAUUUGUUUAAAAAAUAUUGAAAUAAUAUAAUGAAAGUUAAAAUGAAAAA